UUAGAACAGGUAUUGUCUGAGCCACCCUUGGAGACAAGGUACUGAUUUAGGCCUCAUGGGCAGUACAGAAGGAUGUAACACACUGUCCCUAACCUCAGACUCCUUACAAACUUAAAAAUGACAUGAAGAGUUAAAUUAUAGAUGACUUAAACAUUGGCAGGCAUCAGGCCAGUGUCCUGAAUUUUAGGUCAGUGAGUGUCAGGGAGGUUAAAGCAAUCACAGUGAACGAGGUAAGCUAUUGCAUAUAUUAAAGUGGUACAAGAGACUCCACGAAGUUACCUAUGGGCAUUAUUAAUUGGCUAGAUAGGAAGUUCAUUACCCUAGGACCUGACUAGACCUCAGGGUGUUUGUAUAGGAGAAAGGAGUUUAAAAAUAUUGUAUAGCUUAGAUCAGGGGUUGGCCAACUAUGUUCAGCAGGAUUGGCCUGGUGCUUUUUGUUUGUUUUGUUUUGUUUUUAAAGAUUUUAUUUAUUUAUUUUUAGAGUGGGGGAAGGGAGGAAGAAAAAGGGAGAGAAACACGAGUGUGUGGUUGCCUCUCGCGCACCCUGAACUGGGGACCUGGCCUGCGACCCAGGCAGGUGCCCGGAUCGGGAAUUGAACUGGUGACCCUUUGCUUUGCAGGUCGGCACUCAAUCCACGGAGCCACACCAGCUAGGGCCCAGUGCUUGUUUUUAUAAAUAGUGGAACACAGCCACUUCACCCACAUUUAUUUACAUACCUUUAAGGCUUCCUUUGCCUUCUUUCUUCUACAGCAGCAGAGUUGAGCUGUUCCAAUAGAGACUUAUGACCCAGAAACCUUAAAGUCCUUACUUUCAGACCCUUUACAGGAAGAGUUUGCUGAUUGCUGAUUUAGAUAGUAAAAACGUAGAAGACAAGUCAUUUCUACCAGGAAAACCGUUGUCCUAGAGCAGUUUGGAACAAGAGAGAGAUGCAAGAGAUAUUUCAAAGGAGGAGUCAACUGGACAGAUUGGCUGAUUUCCUCUGGGAAGUUGAAAUCGAGAUUCAUUCUGUGUGGGAUCUAGAACCUAGGUCAUCAAGAUAUUGAUGGUAUCAGCAAAGGAGAAUCAAGAUAGUUCUGCUUUUUUGUGGAAAGAAGUAAUUGGAGCAAAAGCGACCUGCGGUCCUCCAGGGCGAGGCUGCUGGAGCUGUUCACCGAUCUGAGCUGCAGCCCAGAAAUGAUGAAGAACGCGGCCGACUCCUAUUUCUCACUUCUGCAAGGUUUCAUAAAUUCAUUGGAUACUAGCCAAGAAAGUAAGUUACGUUAUAUUCAAAAUUUCAAGUGGACCGAUACACUACAAGGACAGGUUCCAAGUGCCCAGCAGGAUGCUGUUUUUGAAUUAAUUUCCAUGGGAUUUAAUGUCGCUCUGUGGUACACUAAAUAUGCUUCAAGACUGGCUGGAAAAGAAAACAUAACAGAAGAGGAAGCGAAAGAGGUCCAUCGAAGCCUAAAAAUUGCAGCUGGAAUUUUUAAACAUUUAAAGGAAAGUCACAUCCCAAAGCUCAUCACUCCUGCGGAAAAGGGGAGAGAUUUAGAAGCGCGACUCAUCGAAGCUUACAUCGUCCAGUGUCAGGCUGAGGCUCAGGAAGUAACAAUUGCUCGAGCAAUCGAACUGAAACAUGCUCCUGGACUAAUUGCUGCUCUCGCCUAUGAAACGGCCAAUUUCUAUCAAAAAGCUGAUCAUACUUUGUCCAGUUUGGAGCCUGCGUACUCUGCCAAAUGGAGAAAAUAUCUCCUCUUGAAAACGUGCUUCUACACAGCUUACGCUUACUGUUACCAUGGUCGGACUUUGUUGGCCAGCGACAAAUGCGGUGAAGCAAUCCGGUCUCUCCAAGAAGCAGAGAAACUUUAUGCAAAAGCAGAAGCGUUAUGCAAAGAGUAUGGAGAAACCAAAGGGCCCGGACCAACAGUCAAGCCUUCGGGACACUUGUUCUUCACGAAACUUGGAAAUCUUGUGCAGAAUACCCUGGAAAAAUGUCAAAGAGAAAAUGGGUUUAUUUACUUUCAAAAAAUUCCAACAGAAGCCCCACAACUGGAACUCAAAGCAAAUUACGGUCUCGUCGAGCCUGUGCCUUUUGAAUUUCCUCCCACGAGUGCACAGUGGACCCCGGAGACGCUGGCUGCGUUUGACCUCACCAAAAGACCCAAGGAUGACAGCACCAAACCCAAACCAGAGGAAGCAGUGAAACCCGUGAAAGAACCAGACGUCAAACCUCAAAAGGACACGGGGUGUUCCGUCUCCUAAGAUGUGUGCUUGGGGUCUCUCUACUGGUAGAUGAGAUAGACCGUGGGCCUUCCGUUCACGCCUCUGGAAGCGAUUUGUCUGAAGCCUGUAGAAUAAUGUAGCGCACUCAGAGGGCACCUGCCUUCUAUUUAGGUCUAGACUUUUAAUAUGCCGCGAGGGUUCCUGUUUGUUUCCACACUCCUUGCUAACCACGACAACGUGUGAAAGAUGUUCUUCUGCCUCUGAAGAGUGUCCUUGAGGGUUGGGUCCCGUCCCCCCCCCCGCCCCGCAAACUUUUGGUAGUAAUGUUAUAGGUUAACAUAAGCCAGAAUCAUGUGUUUUGGGAUAGGUUUUUCUAUCUUCACAAAAAACUUUAUUUUCCUUCCUCUUAUUAGAUAGCAGAAGAAUGGCAUCUGUUUUCGACAGGCAUUUAUUUCCCCCUUCACCAUUUUGUUCAUUGUAGCUCAGGCCUGUGUUCGGAGCUAGUUAUCUUUCCCGGUGGGGAAAGAAGUCGUUAUAAUUGAAGAUCAGGAAAAUUUUAUACCCAAACCCUUAACAUGCGAUCACAUCUGUAGUUUACUCAAAAGUCAGUGUUGAUAGGAACAUGAGGGCUGUUGCAGAAUUUCUCUCCUGGGAGCCCUGCGCUUCAUUUCGGCCUCAGUGACACCCACAGUGGCUCUUGCGAGUUCCUUCUAAUGGGCGUCUCACUCAGGACAGAACUGUGUGACAGCUCCUAAUGUGUCUCUGUGAGGGGAGGUAAAAUUGAAAAGGGCUUUGGAGAAGUGGAAUGUUGCAUGAUGUAAAAGAAAACUUCAGGCCUAAAGGAGGAGGGUUGUUCUGAAUUACACUGGUAACUCUGUUUUGUUUAAGAGGUUACAGUAAAAUGCUUUCAUUGCCUGAUUUCAGUGUACCUUGUUUUUAUACAGUUUUCUAAUACACACCUUCUGUCAGAAUUACAUUAUUUUAGGCCAAAGGCCAUAGCAAAACCUUAAUGAAGCAUACAGGUACAGUAUGAUCUUAAAAAUAGUAUUUAUUGAAACAAUUUAGUGUACAUACAGACUUGGGAUAUAGUGAGUGCAUAAUAUGUUAACAAAAAUCAUACAUCUGUAGAUUUAUCAUCUUUUAAUUAUUCUCCUGGAGCGUUAGCUAAUUUUCCUAUUAUAAAUGGAUUGGCUCACUUAAUAAAAACCGUAAGAGCAGUGCGUACUGAGAGCUUACCACGUGCGAGGCACCGCGCUGAGCACUUACGCAGAUAAACCCUUGCAUCCACAUAGCAACUUGCAGAAAUAAGCACAAUCUACAUCAAGUGUUGACAUAGGAAUAAACAUUUCAUUAUGAAGAAUAAAUAAUUAUGCCUAUCUGAAUCAACGUAUUCAAAUGAUAAAUCAUAACUUACACAUAGAAUCAGUGUUUUUCAAAAAAUAACAUGGAAAUGCAACCAAAAAUAAUACGUGGGAAUACCCCUUGCUGUAAAACAUUUUGUAGCUGAACCUGCAGUUUCUAGAAGAAGUGGAGUAAUAACAGACAUUUAAGUUUAUUUUGCUGUCUGUAGUAAAAAUGUUUUAGUUAAAUUUCACUGCAUUUUAUUACGAAAUCCUUUGUUUGCUAUAUGCCGUUAACUGACAAAAUGUUCAAUAGCAUCUGAUGCCAGCGUCUCACUCACAGCCAAAGGAUCUGUUUAUCUCGGAUACUAGUGCUUGUUACCGAGUUACUAAGUUUUCACAUUAACAUCACUGGAUCCUGCUACCAUAUAUGGAAUGAAAAUGUGGCAUGUGCUCAAAGCUUCGGUAAAAUGGCAGUGGUACAGCUUUUUAAUCCGUAAUUGGCAACUUUGACAUAAGCAGAUAAAUAUUCUGUUGACUCAGCAAAAGUGAGACUUUGUGACUGAAAAAUCCCAUUAUCAUAGUCUUUGAAAUAGUGUUGGGAAUUUAGGGAAGUUGAGAAAUAGAAGUUGCAUGAAGGGUGCGGAGAGGUGUAACUUCCAGGUGACUGUUGCAUACACUUCACACUUCAUGCAAAGUGGGGAAGGACAGCUAACGUGCUAAAAGUGGUGUUU